AGAAUGAGGAGAAACGUAAUGAGAGGAGGAGGAAUAAAGAAUAACCGAUAAUUAAGAGGGACCAACAUUAAUAGGAGGAAGAAAAGGAUUAGGAUUAAGAGGAUUAGGAAGCAAUAAUGGAAACACUCAAGUCUUUAAACUCUUGGAAACACUUUGAAACACUUGGAAUACUUACAAGUACUUACGAACACUUAUAACACUUUUGUAAAUAUAGAUAACCCUCGGUACACAUGGAACACUUGAUAAUCUUAAAAUCCAAUGAACAAGGAGACAUUUAGAACACCGAGGAACUAUUAGAAAACAUUGGGAUGACUCUACAAUUAAGCAUUCUUUGCCUCACCCACCACCACCAGCACCACCACCAUCACCUCCACCACCACCACCGGAACUGAGAGGCUGCCCGAGGGAACCACAAAACCCCAAGAGCCUCUUAUUUUAAACUCCCCUUCAAGGCCACUCGACGGGCCCUGAAGACAAUAGCCCCCGAGCCGGAGCCCUUCACCUGCCACCCUUGCUGAGGAGGGAACUAACAACCACACCAUCCAUCCAUCCAUUCAUUCACCCAUCCAUUCAACCAUCCAUCUGUCCAUCCAACCAACCAGCCUACCAUCCAUCCACCCACCCAUUCAACCAUCCAUCCAUCCAUCUAUCCAUCCAUCCAACCAACCAGGCAGCCAGCCAGUCAACCAUCUAUCAUCCACCCAUCCAACCAGUCAGUCUACCAUCCAUCCAUGCAUCCAUCCAGCCAGCCAGCCAGGAAGCGUCAACACUAACCAGUCUUGCAAACUAGCCAGCCAUCAGUUACUUAGCAGGACAAUCACCUUACCAGUUAGUUUACCAAGUUGUUAUUCAGCCUACAGUUCAAACAGCUUGCCAGCCAACCUGCCACUCACCUUACCAGCCGGCCAGCCAGGCAGUCAGUUGUACAGUUAGCCCACCACUCCGUUGGUUUGACAGACAAGUAAACACAUACACAGACGCAUGGACAGGCAACUAGCCAUCAAACUACUCAGCCGACUGGUCAGUUAUUGAGUGAGACAACCGGUCAACCUGUCAGUCAGCCACGCCCGCUGCGAAGACGAUUGGGAGGAAGAAGAAUGAGAAUGAGAAAUGGAAGAAGGGGACGAAGAAAGAAUCGACGAUAAUGAGGACGGAUGAAAACGAAUAGGAGGAAGACAAGGGUGAGAAGGACGAUAAAUAGGAAGAAAUAUUGGAAACAAGUCGAAUGUCUGGACGCACUUCAAAACACUUGGACUGACAGUUACCAAACCAGCCAGUCCAUUACGCAGAUACCGAGACAGAUAGUUUGGUAACGGAUUAAUUGGCCAGUCAGUUAACUUGAUAGUCAGUGGCCUCCAGUCAGUCAGCCCUCCACUCAGUCAACCAGCCGCCAGACAAAACAAACCAGCAGCCCGCCAGACACUCAUCGUAAUUCUGUGAUCGUCGGCAGCCUUGCAGGUGGUUGCCGGGGGUCGGGUCUCGGGUGAUCCUUGUCCAAAAAAACUUCAAUUGCUUCAGGGAGAGUUUAAAACCUUCUUCCACACUUUAGGAAAACUCUAAGCUCUGAAACGCUGAGGGAAAUUUCAAAACAGAAUGACCUCUUGAGGAUAUUUUGUGCCACUUAUUCAUUGUUACUCCUUUAACCAUGCCUGAAGAUAAGUAAAUUUUUAAUGGCAAGAAACAUAACGCCGGAUGACGCACAAAAAGAAGUAUUAUAAAGUAUUUUUCAACACGCCUUAAGAAUAUUUUGCGGUAGUAUUUCGAGUAUUUAAACAAAAGGAAAAUAUUAUUCGCCUGUAUUUAAUCAACCAUAAGAAACCGUAAAAGCGUUUAAAUAAGCAUUGUUAGGUGGGGACAACGGCGCAAGGAAUAAAGCCAAACAAGACCACAAUGCGAAGUCUCACUAAUGCUGCCUUACCCCCGAGGUCAGUUUUUACGCCAGGUGCAUGUGUUAAGCGACUAUCGUGCUAAGCGUUCAUUAUGCCGAGUGUAGAUUUACCUCUGCAUGUCUCGAGUGUACACUGAUGCCGGGCGCGGAGGUGUGUGCGGAGUGUAUCUGGUUCAGGCCGAGAGUGCAGACGAUUGUGCCGAGUGUAACCUGUAGGUGUAGAAAAGAAAGGGCGUUCGUGAUGGUUGAGAUCUCUUUUGAUGAUUUAGUGCUGGUGGUGGUGAUGAUGAUGGUGGUGUGUGUGUGUGUGUGUGUGUGUGUGUGUGUGUGUGUGUGUGUGUGUGUGUGUGUGUGUGUGUGUGUGUGUUCGUAUUCGUAUCCUACCUGUAUGCAUUUCUCUUUUAGGUCCUCAGUGUAUGUGGUUACCAACUUUGCAGUGCUGACGCUCCGGUCCGUGUGCGUGCGUGCGUGUGUGUUAUGCUGAGUGACUAAGACAAAAAAAUAUUGCAACUCUGUGAAACGAAAAGUCAUUGGUAGAAAAAAAGAGUGAACGGCUGCAGCAAAAAAAAAAAAAAAAAAAAAGGAUGUUUAAAGUAAAAAGAUGAAUUCAAGGUAAACACAUCAGGAAUAGACGGACAAAGUAACAAAAAUAACUAAAAAGAAGGUGGAUAGGGAAAAAAGAACAGUUGAAACAGGAAAGGAAAAAGACUGGACAGAAAAAAGACAGAGAAGAGAAGCAGGAUAUUGUCAUUUGGUGAACAGAUUCUCGAUAAAGCAUAUUGAAAAGGAAGUUAUUUGGGGAGCAGGAUAAAGUGAAUGAAGGAAAAUAAUGAAAUGAGGAAUUGAGAAAAAUAUAUAAGAAACCAAUUAAAAAAAUAGGAGCAAGGAGUGAAAACGAUUAAAAGAGAAAGGCAGACUGGGAAAACAGAGGCGUGAAAAUAGCUCAGUGUUGAAACUACUUAGGAUAACAUAUUAAGAGAACAUUAAACAUCUUUCGAUAAACCAUAAAUAGUGAUUAGAGAAACAGUGGAAAGAGAGAAAAAAAAGAACAGAAAAUAGGGACAUAAUAAGCUAAGGAUUUUUUUUUUUUCACUGAAAAUUAGAGGAAAAAAAACAAGACCAACAAAAAGCGUACUGAAUCAGAUAAGCAUAUAAACAGAAGGACGAGACAAGCAGUACAAGGCAAUACAAGAACACUGGAAAAUGAUCACCGAUAGAACUAAACCAUCACUCAAAUGAAAAAAUAAAACUUGGUGUGUAUGAACAAAAUUUCUUCGAAAGUGCAAACUCAGCGAAACAAUGAACGAAGAACAGAGAUGACGAUGUCCACAACCGUGAUUAAGUGAGACCAAUAACAACCCUCGUGACAAGAACAAUAAACUAAACAUUCCGUCAUGGCGUAGACCACCACCACCACCGCCACCACACCCACAGGCCACUAUGCCGGCCAUCAGUGACCCAAGCGACGACCCCAUCGGGUAUCCGGACCCAGGACCGGACCCGGAUGAGAUAGGCAUGGACAUAGGAGGAGAAGACGAGGAGAAUGGCGAGGCAGGACUGGGCCAGGACCCGGAGAUCGACUUGGCCCAACUCCGGACGCUGAUGUGGAACCGCUUCAUGGAACAGUCGACGGUGAUCGUGAACGCAACGGACGACGACCAGAAGGUGCUGCACUGCUUCGACCAGUUUGUGGCGUCGCUGAUGGAGCCGGAGUACGGCGGCGCCAUGGCGGGGGCGUGCCCGGUGAAGUUUGACGGCGUGUCGUGCUGGCCGCAGACGCCGCCGGGCACGCUGCGGGUCAUCCCCUGCUUCGACGUGUUCAAUGGCGUCUACUACGACCCAUCCGAAAACAACGCUACCCUAUACUGCUACGCUAACGGGACCUGGUCGAGCCGCUCCUUCUACAACUACUGCCUCAACGCCAUCACCAACCCGCCCGGCCAUCACGUCAGCGCCUCCGUCAACACAAUUCAGACCAUUUUCUACGUCGGGAACUCGCUCAGCCUCGCAGCAGUCGCUCUCGCCCUCUGGAUCUUCAUCUCCUUCAAGGACCUGAGAUGUCUGCGCAACACCAUCCACACCAACCUGCUCUUCACCUACCUGAUGCACAACCUCUUCUGGAUCAUCUACGCCUCCGUCAAGGGUUUGGUGGCUGUCUACGUGGGCUGCAGCUUCUUCGUUACGCUCCACUACUUCACGCUAACCAACUUUAUGUGGAUGUUUGUGGAAGGCUUCUACCUCUACAUGCUGGUGGUCAAAACGUUUUCGGUGGAGAACAUCAAGCUGCGAGUCUACACGCUCAUAGGCUGGGGUGUUCCGGUUCCUAUAAUGGCGCUUUGGGUAAUAUUAAAGGCCCAGCUCUUUCUCAACCACGAUGGGUCUGAGAUGGAUGGCACGGCGAUGGACGGGCAGGAGCUGGAGGGGGAGCUAAGAACGUGUCCGCUGAUGCCUGCGAGCCACUUCGACUGGCUGCACAAAAUCCCCGUGCUGGUGGUGCUCUCCCUCAACCUGCUCUUCCUGGGGCGCAUCAUGUGGGUCCUGAUCACCAAGCUACGGUCGGCCAACACGGUGGAGACGCAGCGCUACCGUAAGGCUACCAAGGCGUUGCUGGUGCUCAUCCCGCUGUUGGGCCUCACCUACAUGCUGCUCAUCGCCCUGCCGCAGGAGCUGGAGCACGUGCGGGCCGUCCUCCUCUCCACGCAAGGGUUCUGGGUGGCGCUGUUCUUCUGCUUCCUGAACAGCGAGGUACAGAACAGCAUCCGACAUCACAUCGAGCGCUGGAAGACUGCCCGUGGCCUGGCCGACCCCCGCUGCCCCUCCGUCAGGCACAGAGACGGCUCGCCCAGACCCAAGACCGACUGUUCCAGUUACGGGAGACGGCUAUUCGGAGGCAAGAGGGAGUCCUUGUGUUCAGAAGUGACCACCAUGACGACCUACGUGGCCAAUGGCUAUAACCCCGUCAGCACACAGACCACCACCACCACCACCACCACCUCCAACACCCUGCCGCUGCCGCCCCACUACCAGCCCCCCACCAAGGCCCAGGAGCAGCCCCCGAUACCGAUGGGUCAACUCGGCUUCAGGAACUCGAGUGCGGGUCUCAGCCAGUGCAGUAACGACGGAGACAAGGCCACGAUUAAGGAUUCUCUGUUGUAAGCGCGGGUUGCGUGAACAUGAGGAGUCCCAAGUAUAAUGAAAAUCAGCAACGGUAUAUAAGAACUUUCGGUGCGUGUGUUCUGCGUCCGUUUGUUUGUUUUUUCCUGAGUGUGUAUUUUUGAAACGUGGACCACAUUAAGUAUAUACCAUCAACAUCAGUUAUUGCAUUUAAAGUUUUGCGACAUGCUGCGUAAUGCAUGUUGUCUAUGUGUGUGCGUCUGAAACAUUACAAACGCUGCCGGAAGAGGAUGUUGUAACGUUAAAGUGAACCACCUCGAGUAUUGCCAACAGCAGCAGCAGCAACACUAUAAAUUAUGCACCAUGCCGUGUGCUGCCGCCUUUAUGUUAUGAUAUGUUUUUGCAUGAUUAAAGCAACACAAAUGGUGCAAAAAUACAUAAUAAAAGGGUUUUAAAUUUGACAGUACAGCUUGCGUGACAAGUGUGCUGCGGCUUAUCUUUCAAGCAAGAAAAAGGGAGCAAGAGUGGGAAAUAAAAGUCAGUGUGGAUCGCCGCGACAGCCAUCAACACCAUUAAUUAGCAACACGUCAACCGCUCCAACGUGUUUGCUACUAUGAUUUUGUGUAAGGUCAACAGAACACACACUGUGCAGCAAUACGGGAUACAAGGGUAACUAUGGCGGUUCGGCCUGGCAGAUACCCAAAGUGUAAUAGUAUUGAAACGUGUGAGUCAUACCGUGUGUGUGUGUAUUUUCUUGUGUGUAAGACCCAGACACGGAAAGCGGCGCGAUGAUAUGCACAGAUCGAUGGCUAUACAAAUCUUUUCGGUGCUUAUUUUCUUCUUUGAUAGUGUCAAGAAAGAGUGUUCAAGAGCAUUAUCGGAAUUAGAAAUUUUAUUCGCUAUGUGUGUAUAUCAACUUUCUUAUGAGUGUUUCUGUUGGAAAGACAAAGCAAAACAAAAAAGACAACACUAUUACCGCUGGUAAUUCCUUGCUACGAGGGACAACAUUUUAGAGCGAAAACACCAACUUCCAGUGUCAUGCGUUCUGCUGUAAUAUUUUAUCCUGUGUCGAUGGGAAGACUCGCUCCUGGAGGGACGGACUACCUGAUUCGACAGACACGAGAGGAAAAUCGUAAUUAGUUCCAAAGGUCAGCGAGCGUGUGCGUCAAGGGUCCGUGGCGGGAAUAUACUGCCGGGACGCAACGAACAGGGCGGCAACCGGCAAGCUUUCCUGCCGUGUGCCGAUGUUUAUUUUUGGCUGUGUAAACUAAAAAGAAGGAAUGGAACAGAGUAUAACCAGCUGAAUGUCUUAAUGCUGAUAACGCUGUGCGAUAAAGAAAAUAAAUUAAUAACACCGUGACACGAGUUCCAUAAGUAUCAAAUGUCUGCGCUUACGAGAAGAGCUGUGUUCCGGGGCUGUCCAUCCCAGUGGAAAUAAAGGAGAGAAGAACAACAAGUUACUGAUAUAAUGAACUGGUGGCCGCGUAGCUAAAGACGGGUAAAGUAACGCGAGAUUCAACAGUAGCACCAAACUGACCAAGCUAUGAACAACAACAGCAACAACAACGACAACAACAACAACAACAACAACAACAACAACAACAACAAAUUCAACAUAUAUGUACGCUAUAUUGUGUGUGUGUGUGUGUGUGUGUGUGUGUGUGUGUGUGUGUGUGUGUGUGUGUGUGUGUGUGUGUGUGAGACUUUCUGCCUGCCUGCCUGUCUGUCUGUCUGUCUGUCUGUCAUUACCUGAAGCUCAUUAUCGUCUGGACGUCAAAAUAUCACACUUCUAAGGAGACACUUCAAAAAUUACAGGUAAGGACAGACGACAGGCAAGCAAGACAGAGAGCGCAGUAAGUCAAGUCACAAGCGAAGGUAAAUAAAACGUAAAGCGUGGUGUGUUGCCUCGAGGCGCGUGAGCCCGAGGCGGAGCAGGGCACGUCAACCCAACGAGGCGGAGUGAGGUGAAGCUGGGGCGGGGCGGGGCGGGGCGAGGCGAGGCGGCGCGACAGUUCCAGACAAUCUUCCUGGCUUUCAUGGUAGGCGUCGA